UGAAACAAUUUCAAACAUUCGUAGACAAAGGUUGCGUGUCGGUUCUUGCGUCUUUCCAUCGUAUCAGUUUUACAAGUAGAUCCCCAGGAGCAAGUGGUGGUAGAUCUACGAGUUAUCAAUAUAGCUAUCGGGAGAUUGUUUCAAGAAUGGCGAGUGCGGUGCUGACUUUGCCCAGUGGGGAAAGCCACACAUUGUACAGCAGCAGUCCAUCAGAAACGUCUGAAAUCAUUGCUGCGACAAGAGCGAUGCAAGCUGAAGUCAAUGCAGCCUUGACGAAAGCCAUCGAGGAAAGUGGAGACGCUGUAGAUGCCCAAGCCGCCCCGGCGGAAGAUGACGACGAUGACGAAGAUGACGAAGAGCCCGCUGCUGAGGAUGAGAGUGAGGGUGCAGCAGUAGCAGAGACACCUGGUUGUAACGGUGGCAAUAGUGAGCCAAACGCAAAGCGUCGCAAAGUGACGUAACAGUUGUGUUUCGGCUGGUUUGGAGUGCCAUCGUAUGUAUGUUGUCUGCUCAGUCGACACAUAGUGUACAUAUGAACCGAGACUUGGCUAGCCAUGUUCUGUAGGAGCAUGUAUCUGGAUUAUACUUGUGCAAUACAUGUCCAUGCUCGGGCCUAGGUGCAUAGCACAAAGUGUGCAUGCUCACUUCCAACUCAGUGCAGUAAGUAUGGUAGUGAUACGAGUACAUGCAUCCGUGCAUGUACUUCCUACAUUCGCUGGCACCAUGUCAAGGAAAUUGGCUUUGAUUCAAAUCCAGUUCGAAGUUGCUCUCCCCCCCCCCCCCCCCCCCCUCCUGGUCACAUGACAUCAGUAUGACUAUUUGUGUACUGAGGACACUUGAGAAUAUUGCAUGGACAUCAAUGCAUAUUUUUCUGUUAAGCAUGUCCGCCAAGUUUAUGCACGUGUUAUGGCUUUGUUUCCUGCAUGUCUUGAAUGCUGAUAUGCUGAGAGGGGCUGGUGCACGUGCAUCUUAGCAAUGCGCAGCCUUGCGGGUUGAAGCAAGAAGUCAAAUUGAGAUUAUGCUUGUGAUAAGCAGAACUUGAUAAUAUUUUUAAAAUGAUGUUCAAUCAACUGUGCC